UUUCCGUUUCGGUAUGUAUUAAUUGGGAUACGGAAUGAAACAGAACUAUGUAAUUAGUAAAACAUGCUUGGAAAAAACGCAUAUUAGCACAUAAUUACAUACUGCAGUAUUUUUUUUUCCAACACGGACUACGCUCAGCUUCACUAACACUUUACACCUCCAUACUACAACACCCACAAAGCACCAGAAGAUUUUCAUCACGUCUGAACGCGCAGAGGAUUAUCGGUAACUCUAAAUGAGUGUUUUGGAGGGGAGGAGAUCUUGUAUUUACACUGAAAGGAUGGCAGCUAUAGAAAAUGAUGAACCUGCAGUUAUUGGAAGUAUGGAUGAGAGCGAGGAAGCACCGACCAAAAAUAAGAUGACGGAGGAAAAAGAGGAGGAGGAAUGCCUACUGAAAAAAUUAGAAAUCAGUGUCUCAGAAGCAGAAAAACGUUCAGGGAAGAAUGCGAUGAACAUGCAAGAGAUGUAUACUGUAUAUCUCAUAGAAACUCGGUCAAUUGAGUCUCAGAAUGAAGGUCAAAGUUCUGCUACGGAUUCCCUUUGGAGACGAUAUAGUGAAUUUGAAUUGCAGCGGAAUUAUUUUUUAGUCACUUAUCCAUAUGUUAUUGUACCACCUUUGCCUGAAAAACGGGCAGAGUUUGUUUGGCAUAAGUUAUCAGCAGAUAACAUGGAUCCAGACUUUGUAGAAAGGCGAAGAGUUGGACUGGAAAAUUUUCUUCUUCGUGUAGCUUCUCAUCCUAUACUGUGUCGGGAUAAGAUCUUUUACUUGUUUUUAACACAGGAAAAUGGUUGGAAAGAAGCUGUGAAUGAAACUGGGUUCCAAGCUAAAGCUGACUCCCGGCUAAAAGCACUUAAUGCAACUUUCAGGGUAAAAACCCCAGAUAAUCCUGCAGAUAGUUGGAGAUUUACUGACUUGAAACAUUACAGUGAUGAGCUGCAAUCUGUGAUUUCUCACCUUCUCAGAGUCAGGGCUAGGGUUGCUGACCGCCUGUAUGGAGUAUAUAAAGUGCAUGGAAAUUAUGGAAGAGUAUUCAGUGAGUGGAGUGCAAUAGAGAAAGAGAUGGGGGAUGGACUUCAGAGCGCUGGUCACCACAUGGAUGUACUUGCAAGUCCAAAACUCUGCCUCCUCUCCCAUAAUGCCCUUUAUGCAGCAUCUGUUGAUGACAUCUUGGAAGAGGAGGAACAUUAUGCUGAUCAGUUAAAAGAGUAUUUGUUCUACGCUGAAGCUUUAAGAGCAGUUUGUAGGAAACAUGAGCUGUUACAGUAUGAGCUGGAAAUGGCAGCUUUGGACUUGACAUCCAAAAAACAGCAGCAUGAAGAGCUGGCAACUGGGGUUGUUCGGACAUUCUCCUUAAAGGGGGUGACAAGCAAACUUUUUGGACAGGAGACUCCAGAGCAAAGAGAUGCCAAAUUAAAAGCCUUGGAAGAACAAAUACAGGAAGGGGAAGAACAACUGAAAACUAAAAAUGCAGAGUGCAAUGAGUUUGUAAAGAAUGCAUGGGUUGACAUUGAACGAUUCAAAAGACAAAGAAAUCAAGAUUUGAAGGAGGCUCUUAUUAACUAUGCCAUUAUGCAAAUCAGCAUGUGUAAAAAGGGAAUUCAAGUUUGGACUAAUGCUAAAGAAUGUUUUGGCAAGAUGUAACAGAGUACUCUCAGAAGCGUUGUACCAGAACAUAAAAGCACAAGGAUUUCGACGCUUAUUGGAUCAGUGGUGCACAAAGAUCUUGUGUGUGGUGAUUGUACAUUGGAACAGAAAAGAUAUUUGUAAUAAUGAUUACAGUUUUUUCUGUAGUUCAAAAAUAGAAAGUGGUCAACAUCUGUAUGUGUUAUAUUUUAAUGUUUUGGCCAAACAGUCUUCAGAGUUGACUCUGAAAUCUUGUUUAAUUAAUAGUACCUUGGGAACAUAUUAAAUGUUUUUGUAAUAUUUUUUUUUCAUUCGAACCAUUUUGAAUACAUUAUUUCUGACAUAUUCACUAGUUAAAAUUUAAACACAUGGUCAGUAUAAUCAGUGGCAACAUAGCCUGGAGCAUAUUGUAGUGUUUCUGUAACUAGGGAUUGAGAACAGGAAUCACAGUGUAAUUUUUCUGCUGCAAGUCUACAGAAACUCAUGCAUUUAGGACAGCAGAUAUAAAAGCAGGCUGUUGCUAGUAGCCCAAAUACAUUAUUACUCUUGCUUUUGUGUUCUUUGUUGUUUUUCCCUUAAGUGGAAAUUCUGUACAUCACACUGAAGAGUGGAUAAUGAAAUGAGAUAACCACUAACUUGAUCAUUUCUGAAGCACUCUUGGCUCCCUGAAUCAUUUCUGUAAAAGAGGUCUCAUCGUAAAGUUUGAAAGUCUUUAAAGUAAUGCAGUGAGAAUGAUCUUGGUAAAUCUAGCAAACCAAACUUUAAUUUCCACAGCUUUAAUUUACUGUUUUUUACUUUUUUUAGUUUGAGUAAUUACUUGAGCCUCCUUACAGCUGCUCAUUCACGGUUAGCAUUAUUCAUUUACCAAAUAUAAAUAUAUAGGUAGUCCUGUAUUUUACAGGGAAAUGUAAAUAUAUGUUGGGUGCAAAUAUUUGUCAGAUUGAACAUUGAGGUUUGUCUGUUUUGUCCAGAAAUGUGAUAACUGAGUCUUAGAACAUCUUUAUUGGAUUCUUCCAUUGUUAACUCGUUUUCAGAGGAAGAAAAUGGUUUCAUGCAGCUCAGCCAAUUAAGUAUUUGUACUUAAGCUUUCAGAUAGCAUGUUAGCUCUACCUUAUUGCAUCAGUUGUUCUUGUAUGUCUUGCCUUGUUUCCCUUUUUGCAUUGCAGAUAAUGUAUGAUAAUGCAAGAAUGGGUACAUUUCAUGAUUUUAACACUCCCAAGCCUUAACCAUGUUGAGUAGAUUUUAAUGUAAGGAAAAUAAUGAAUUCUUCCUUAACAAGUUAGCCUUUAAAUUACAUUCCUUAAUUUAUUUCAUUUUGUAACUGUUUAUUUGUAAGUACAGCUUUUGUUCCUGACAUGCACACUUGCUCCAGAAGAUGACUUUGCCAAAUUCUUAUUUUGCAUUUACAAAGUUUUAUAAGACAUAGUACUUCAUUUUACUCUGUACCCUAUAUGUGCUUUGUAUCCCCUUUUACAGGCACAUAUUUAACAAUGUGUCAUAUUAAGAUUUAUUUUUCUUGAUCCUAAUCAUAAGCUGUAUGAGCAAAUAAAAUUUGCUUGAUCCUUUCUGUAGGUGCAGCUUAUUCAGAGACAGGUAACAGUGUUGCUGUCUGCCUCAUUGUCAUUAUACUAGAGGUUUUGUGACCAUUUCUCUCCUGGAAGGAUUUGAUGUAAGUCUCACUUUUUUCCUGAAGAAGGGUUUCUUUGCAUAUACCCUGAAUACUCCUGUCUCCCAUUUCUUAACAUGUCACAUUGCCCUGGACCAACGUUUGUAGAGACAUUCUGUUGAUUAGUGGAUUUAAUAACAGGACUUUACAUGUGAACGUGUUUUUCUGUUUAUGAAAUGAUACUCCUCAGUUGGAACAGUAACUUACUGUAACAUUCCACAGAAGUUGAUUGCUGUGGUAUGUCAGUAUUACAUCUCUGUCAUUAGAAAUGUACAGUGACAAACUGCAUAUCAAGAUUUCAGUAUGCUUAAUAUUAAAACGUUUAGUGAUCCUUUUAUUAUAAUGCAUGCCUGCAAGGUUGCCGUUUUGAACAUUGAUGUUUUGCCAUGUAUGAACCCAAGGGCUCUCUUUUUUGUGUGUUCAGGGUGAUAUAAAAAACUAGUAAAAAUAAUAAGUAAGGUUUCCAUAAAGUAUGGCAUUUUGGACGUGUUGCAUGUAGUACAUUCAGUACAGAGAAAAAUAUUUUGACUGAAGUCAAAUUCAGCUUUUUUAAUGCUUAGUAUUUUUCCAGAUAUAUAGUGACAAGGAAGCAUCAAGAUAUAAACAUUCCAAAUGGUAUCAUACAAGUAUUUUAGCUGUAUAUAAAACACUACAGACUGCCUUAAUUUGAUUCUAAUUCAGCACUUUUUCAGAAUUUAUUUCAUGCACUUUGUUUUGGACCAGGAGCUUGUCUGUCCUCAAUUGCUUACCAAAUUGUACUUUGAUAUAUUAAAAGUUACACUAAUGCAUUUUUUUAAUUUGCUGAUUGUACUAAAUUUGGAAGGGAAAAUGUGUUUAAUGUACACUGUGUGCCAAAUCAAAUAAAAUUGCUAUAAAAUUGUA